AUAAAAGAGAACCCCCGAAACCCCAAACGCAUCUCAGACCUCUUCGAUCACCCUUGAUAUCACACUCCGUUCUUGUUUCCGGCCAACACCUCCACCGGCGGCGAACCCUUCGUCGACACUCCCUGCCGCAUUCGCACAGUCCGCAAGUUCUCAGCUUUUAGAAUUUUGACAAGAUGUCUGGCCAAAGCCAGCGAUUGAAUGUCGUUCCAACUGUUACAAUGCUUGGAGUCGUGAAAGCACGCCUUGUUGGUGCUACAAGGGGUCAUGCUCUCCUCAAGAAAAAGAGUGAUGCUCUGACAGUGCAAUUUCGUCAAAUCCUCAAGAAGAUUGUAUCCACAAAGGAAUCAAUGGGAGAGGUCAUGAAAGCCUCCUCCUUUGCUCUAACUGAAGCCAAAUAUGUUGCUGGUGAGAACAUCAAGCAUGUUGUUCUUGAGAAUGUCCAAAAUGCAUCUCUUAAAGUUCGAUCCCGGCAAGAGAAUGUGGCUGGUGUGAAGCUUCCCAAGUUUGAGUAUUUUAAUGAAGGGGAGACUAAGAAUGACCUCACUGGAUUGGCUAGAGGUGGCCAACAGGUCCAGCUCUGCCGAGCUGCUUAUGUCAAAGCAAUUGAGGUUCUUGUUGAGCUUGCUUCCCUCCAGACAUCAUUCUUGACUCUUGAUGAGGCAAUCAAGACCACAAAUCGUAGGGUUAAUGCCCUAGAGAAUGUUGUGAAGCCAAGGUUGGAGAAUACCAUAAUCUACAUUAAAGGGGAGCUGGAUGAGCUGGAAAGGGAGGACUUUUUCAGGUUGAAGAAGAUACAAGGAUAUAAGAAGAGGGAAAUGGAGAGACAGAUGGCUUCAGCGAAGGAGUUUUCAGAGGAUCAGUUUGCAGGGAAAGUUUCUUUGCAGAAAGGAAUUUCAUUAAAUGCAGCACACAACUUAUUGUCUGCAGCUAUGGAGAAGGAUGAAGAUAUAAUUUUCUGAGGUGGAGGUUAGGUUUAUAUGCUUUCUCUUAGGUUGUGUGCCCUUUGGGUAUGUUGCUUGUACUAAUGGUGGUAACAUACGGUUAUUGUUUAGAUGAGCACUUUUAUGUUCUGAAUAAAAAGUUCAUGUAUGUUUUUUGUGUCAACUCUGUAAUCAAACUCUCAUGAUUCUGAGGCUUUAAGAUUAUUAUUAUCUUUUUCUGGAGAGUGUUUGGUUAA